AUGGCGCCCACAACUCCCACGCUAGAGAAUUUCCCCCGCCUCGACCCAGUCACUUCAGACCGUUCACCCUCACGAUCUCCACGACGCAAAGCGCAGUUCGCCUUCAGAGAGCUCGAUCCGUUGUUGGGGAAUUUGUCACCCGACUCGACGUUGAGGGCAUUACAGGCAACAGAAACAAUAUCAACCGGGGCGGCGCAGGAAGAUGCUUUGACUUCCAGCAUUGCAGAUGCCACUCCAGCAGAGCGAGAACUCGGCAUAAGAGCCGCUUUUGCCGCUCAAAAGCUGCGCGAGUGGAAGGAGGAGGUCGCCAGAUGGAAGUGGCCGGGCAAGCAAGAAAGAGGAUCUGGUCUGGGAUUUAUUCCCCCACCAGACGCACAACACAAUGACAUUGAGUAUCGUGGCUGUUUGCCUGCGUCUCUGGUGGAAGAGUACGAGGUCAGACUAGAGGAAAUUAGGGACGACCUGGAUAGUCUGGGAAUCAACGAGAUCAAGGAUCAUGUGCUCGAAGCGCAUCGUCCGUCGAGCAGCUCGGCAAAAUCCAGGCCUGCGGGUGCUCGUGCAAGCUAUGGGAGAAUGCGUGACUUUACGGCUCUGAUCACUGCAACAGUCAUCCAGGCUUUGCCCGAUCUCGCGAAAUUGAACAAAUCGCUGGAUACAUGGGAUAUCCGAUUACGAGUACUUAGAGAGCUGCCGAGGUUUCUAGAGGUGAUGCAAUCCACGCAGUCCGGCACCCAGCACGCUUUCAACCAAAUCAGAGACCCGACCUCGGCGAGAAAUCUGACAGAAGCGGUGUUGGACAGUCGAAAGAUGGAUCUGGGUGGACAGGUGUCAGAUAUGGGCCGACGCAUUGAUCGACUCCUUGACAUGCUCGAAGGCCAGGAUGACACCCUACCACAGGCCUGGAUUGACAGGCUCGAGAACAUCGAGCUCGACUACGCAACCUGGGUGGUUGAAGCUCAACAUGUUCUCCUCAAGAACCAGCUGGCACCUAAUUCAACACAAGGCCAUGAGCCAAUGAAAGUGGCCAAGAGCUUGGCUCAUAUUGAAGACGACCGUGGGAGUAUCGCCCCUGUGUCGCCUCUCCAGCCAGAUAGUACUCAGAUACGGUCGCCAGAAGAUACCGCGGAAAAAGGGCACAUAUCAGAGCUGCCUACCACAGACACCGAAGAACUAAAAGUGAAGCGCAAGCCUUCUUUGAAGCUUGAUCUGGCUCAGCCAAGGAGUCACAGAAGAGAAGUUUCAAAGGUUUCCGUCGCCGAGUCGAUGUACUCGACUUUCUCAGACAUUUCCAAUGCAGAAAUUAUGGAUGCCAAAUCCACCAGCGUUCUCCCGAGUCCCAAGGUCAGUGUGGUGGACAAUCCGUUUCGAGCCAGUCGCGAUGAAAUCACCUGGUUCGGAUCUGCACCCGCAGCUCAGCAGCAGUUGGCUGCGAAGCCACCGAUGCUUCAACGGGCGUCGACAGCCUCGAUCGAGGUCUUCCCCAAAGAGAAACUGAAGGAAGUUGUCUUACAGCGUUCGGCGAGUUGGGAUAUGCUCUCGCAGAGAACGCAUGCACCCGAGGAGACACGAUCCAAAACUCUGGCGCGAUUGACGGGGGUUGAGGUUCCCAAUAAAUCAGAUCAGAGAAUGGAAGAUUCUGCGCUGCUGCCGUCGGCGCCAUCGAUGGAAACAACGCCCUUGGCGACGCCGUCUCUACAAAUCGAGCCACUGCACGUCCCUUCACGGCAAGAAACUCAGCCACAACUGCCCAGGCGAUCGAGCAAGAGGAAUACUUUGAGUGGAUUGUCUCCGAUCACACCAACCACGAGCGCCACCACUGAGGAUCUUGUGCAGCAUUCGAGUCCUCCAAGUAGUACGAAGCACCCAUCAAGAAGACAUAAGAAGUCGGAAUCACUUGACGAGAAGAUUCAGGGUAUUCUCACCACCCUGCCGACCAAAAUUCGUCUGGCGAAGGACGUAGAUUCCGAAAGCUCUUCGUCUUCGACCACGCGUUCGUCCACACCUACCCCUGCACUGACUCUAUCACCGGCUCGAGCAGACCCGUCUAGCCGCAAGGGUAAUCUUGCAGAUCCUGAUAUCAAGCUGUACCAUCUGACACGGACCGGACAAGGGCGUGAAGCUCCCCCUAUCAAGCUUUUCGUGCGGACUGUUGGAGACGGUGACCGUGUCAUGGUUCGUGUCGGUGGAGGCUGGGCUGAUCUAGGGGAAUACUUGAAGGAAUAUAGUCUUCAUCAUGGCAGUCGCGCAACUAUCGACGGUCGACUCGAGGUUGCUAGCUUUCCUGGAAACGGGCAGGUAACUGCUGCCAAUGUGGCAUCGGCUUCGCAAGGACGACAAAAGUCGAGAUCACCUACAGCAGUGCAGACGACUUUCAAGGGCACCGACCUUGUUAAUCCCAAGACUAGAUCCUCGAUGCAACGACCUGGCUCGCUUGAAGACCGGACCAUCAAAGGGGAUGGAAUAGCACCGCCAGUGCCUCCUAUCCCGUCUUCUUAUACCGUCAGAUCUGCCACGACGACGUCUGCUACGCGACGUGAAGCCGGGGCUACCACCAAUGUCUUUCACGCAGACGUAGGAGAUCCGGAAACGCCCUCGCAGAGACGGCAUUCAGUUGUCAGUAGUCAGGGCGGCGUUACAACCACGACGGUCGUUACUCCUCCCGUCAUCACCACGAACUAUACCCCUCUGGGAGGGGCUGGACCCAAGAUGAACGCUCGAAGGGUACCAAGCACGGGAGCGAGCCCGAAUAACAACGACGCGUGGGUUCAAGGAAUGGUUGGCAAGGCCAGAGCGGUCAGUGGCACCAGUCCGACGAUUAUCCAGGGACCGAAUGGUACAUCCACAACAAUCACGACGACGACUACCGUUAGCUCCACUCCGCCUUCGAGUGGACGUCGCGCAUCGUCGUACUUCAGUGUCAGUCCCAACAAUCCAAAUUCGAGCCCGAUCACAAUCUCAACCAGUCCAAGCACGGGGUCUGUUGCCAGUGACGCGAAAAGUGGCCGACGAGUAAGUUAUACGUCGGGAAGCCGGAAGAGCAGUCGCAUGAGUCUCGGGGACAUUGGUGGGAUCAAGCGGGUGUUUUUGAGAAAGAAGUCAGAUGCGUUUGCCAAGUGA